GACCGGAGACCACCGCAGAGAGGAGUUCCACCUGCUGAGGGGGAUUAUACCGCACUUCUCUGGGAUUGGGAUCUCGCCCCAGGCGGAGGCGUCAAGAUGGCGAGCAACGACGCAGCCAAGCCGGUCAUCAUGAAUGAAGAGGAGCUGAAGAGGAAGCAGAGGGAGAAGCUGAAGAAGCUUCAGGCCACGGGGGGCAACCCUCGGCCGGCCAGGUCCCUCUUCCUCUUCACCCUCAAAAACCCUUUCCGCAAGGCCUGCAUCAGCAUCGUGGAGUGGAAAACCUUUGAAGUCAUCAUCUUGUUGACCAUCUUUGCCAACUGUAUUGCUCUGGCUGUGUUUCUCCCCAUGCCUGAAGAAGACAGCAACAACACCAACUCAAGUUUGGAGAGUCUGGAGUACAUUUUUAUGAUCAUCUUCACGUUAGAGUGCUUUUUAAAGAUAGUAGCGUACGGGUUGGUGUUCCAUGAAGGGGCCUAUUUACGGAACUGCUGGAACAUAUUAGACUUUGUCAUCGUCUUCAUGGGCCUCUUCACUUUCGCCGUGGACACCAUAAAUAAGGUGGCCGGAGUGCCGAUGGAGAAGGGAGGAGGCUUCGAUAUGAAGGCACUGAGAGCUUUCAGAGUGCUCCGACCGCUGCGCCUCGUUUCUGGAGUUCCCAGCCUGCAGGUGGUGAUGAACUCCAUCCUCAAGGCCAUGCUGCCUCUGCUGCACAUCGCUCUGCUGGUUUUCCUAUUAGUAACCAUUUAUGCUAUCAUGGGACUCGAGCUAUUCAAGUGCAAAAUGCACAAGACCUGCUAUUACACUGGCACAAACAUCUACGCCACAGCGGAGGGCGAGCUGCCCGCUCCCUGCGCUCAGGCCGGUAACGGACGCCGCUGCAUCAUCAACGGCUCCGAGUGCCGGGACGGCUGGGAGGGUCCCAACAAUGGAAUCACCCACUUCGACAACAUCGGCUUUGCCAUGCUGACCGUCUACCAGUGCAUCACCAUGGAGGGCUGGACCAAAGUGCUCUACUGGGUUAACGACGCCAUAGGAAACGAGUGGCCGUGGAUCUACUUUGUCCCUCUCAUUCUCGUGGGCUCCUUCUUCGUGCUUAAUCUUGUUCUGGGUGUGCUCAGUGGAGAGUUUACCAAAGAGCGAGAGAAGGCCAGGUCUCGUGGGGAGUUCCAGAAGCUGCGUGAGCGUCAGCAGCUGGAUGAAGACCUCCACGGAUACAUGGAGUGGAUCACUCAUGCUGAAGUUCUGGAUGCUGACCGAGAGGGCAAAGGUCUUCUGCCGCUGACCAGCGGAGACUCAGACACAGACAGCCUGUACGGCCUGGAGGGGAAGAGCCGGAUCGUCUACUACUACCGCCUGGCCCGCCGAUGGAACCGUUUCUUCCGGAUGAAGUGUUUGGUUUACGUGAAAACCAAAGCCUUUUACUGGGUGGUGAUGUUCCUGGUCUUCCUCAACACGCUGACCAUCGCCACGGAGCACCACCACCAGUCGGAGUCGCUGACUUCCCUGCAAGACGUGGCGAGCCGUGUGCUCCUGGUCCUCUUCGUCAUCGAGAUGUUCGUGAAGAUGUAUGCUCUUGGACCCAGAGCGUAUUUCAUGUCUCUCUUCAACCGCUUCGACUUCUUCGUGGUGGUCUGUGGCAUCCUGGAGAUGAUCAUGCUGUCAGCGGGCGCCGUGACUCCGCUGGGCUUCUCGGUGCUCAGGUGUAUUCGACUGCUGAGGAUCCUCAAAGUCACAAAGUACUGGACCUCUCUCAGUAACCUCGUGGCCUCUCUCCUCAACUCCGUGCGCUCCAUCGCCUCCCUGCUCCUCCUCCUCUUCCUCUUCAUCGUCAUCUUUUCGCUCCUGGGCAUGCAGGUGUUUGGGGGCAAGUUCAACUUUUCCGACCACAGGAACAGACGCAGCAACUUCGACAACUUUCCCCAGGCGCUGAUCAGCGUGUUUCAGGUCCUCACUGGAGAAGAGUGGACCUCUAUCAUGUACAACGGCAUCAUGGCGUACGGCGGGCCGGUCAUCCCCGGCAUCCUGGUGGCCAUCUACUUCAUCUUGCUCUUCGUCUGCGGAAACUACAUCCUCCUCAAUGUCUUCUUGGCCAUCGCCGUCGAUAACCUGGCGGAGGCUGAGAGUCUGACGUCGGCUCAGAAGGAGAAGGCGGAGGAGAAGAUGAGGAAGAAACUACUGAGGUCCAAAAUGCCCGACAAGACUGAUGAGGAGCGGGAGAGAAUAGCUAAGAAACUGGCAGAGCAGAGAGCCAAGAUCGAGGGCAUGCCCACCACAGCCAAGCUCAAGAUCGACGAAUUCGAGUCCAAUGUCAACGAAGUGAAAGAUCCUUUCCCCCCUGCAGACUUCCCAGGUGACGACGAGGAGGAAGAGCCUGAAAUCCCCAUCAGCCCUCGGCCCCGGCCGAUGGCCGACCUGCAGCUGAAGGAGGAGGCCGUCCCUCUGCCUGAGGCCAGCUCCUUCUUCAUUUUUGGUCCUCAGAACAAGUUCCGUAAACUGUGCUACAAGAUCAUCAAUCACUCGUCUUUCACCAACUUAAUCCUGCUCUUCAUCCUCCUCUCCUCCAUCUCACUGGCAGCCGAGGAUCCCAUUGAUCCCCGAUCCUACAGGAACAUGAUCCUGGCCUACGCUGAUAUUGUUUUCACAACUGUGUUCACCAUAGAGAUUGUACUAAAGAUGACCGUGUACGGAGCCUUCAUGCACCAGGGCUCCUUCUGUCGCAACUCCUUCAACAUCCUGGAUCUGAUCGUGGUCACAGUGUCUCUCCUGUCCAUGGGGAUGGAAUCGAGCGCGAUCUCUGUGGUGAAGAUCCUCAGGGUGCUCAGGGUGCUGAGGCCUCUCAGAGCCAUCAACAGAGCCAAGGGCUUGAAGCAUGUAGUCCAGUGUGUGUUUGUUGCCAUCAAAACAAUUGGAAACAUCGUCCUGGUCACCAUGCUGCUGAACUUCAUGUUCGCCUGCAUCGGAGUCCAACUAUUCAAGGGGAAAUUCUACAGCUGCACGGACUCCACCAAGAUGACUGAGGAGGAAUGCCAGGGAUUUUUCUUGAAGCCGAUAGAGAACUCCCUGCAGGACACGGUGGUGGCGAAGAGAGAAUGGCUCAACAGCGACUUCAACUUCGACAACGUGCUGUACGGGAUGCUGGCUCUCUUCACCAUCGCUACGUUUGAAGGCUGGCCAAAGCUGCUGUACCGAGCCAUCGACUCAGACCAGGAAGACAUGGGCCCUGUCUUCAACAACCGCAUCGACGUGUCCAUCUUCUUCAUCAUCUACAUCAUCCUCAUCGCCUUCUUCAUGAUGAACAUCUUCGUGGGCUUUGUCAUCGUCACCUUCCAGGAGCAGGGCGAGCAGGAGUACAAGAACUGUGAGCUGGACAAGAACCAGCGUCAGUGUGUUCAGUACGCUCUGAAAGCUCGUCCUCUGAGGUGCUACAUCCCCAAAAACCCCUACCAGUACAGGGUCUGGUACGUGGUCACCUCCUGCUACUUUGAGUACCUCAUGUUCUUCCUCAUCAUGCUCAACACCUUGUGUUUGGGGAUGCAGCACUGUAGCCAGUCGGAAAAUGUUACCAAGCUGUCCAACACUCUCAACUUGAUCUUCACGGUGCUCUUCACCGUGGAGAUGAUCCUGAAGCUGCUGGCCUUCAAAGCAAGGGGCUACUUUGGAGACCCCUGGAACGUGUUUGACUUCAUUAUCGUCGUCGGCAGCGUCGUUGACGUCAUCCUGAGUGAAAUCAAUACUGCCCUGGAAUCCAUUGGAGGACUGUACUGUCUCCAUGGCUGUGCUGAGGAGAAUCCCAUGCAGAUCAUUGCGGCCGAAGAGAACGCCUCGGUUUCCAUCACGUUCUUCCGACUCUUUCGUGUCAUGCGAUUGGUCAAACUGCUGAACCGGUCAGAGGGCAUUCGGAACCUGCUGUGGACCUUCAUCAAGUCCUUCCAGGCUCUUCCUCACGUCGCUCUGCUCAUCGUGAUGCUCUUCUUCAUCUACGCCGUCAUCGGAAUGCAGAUCUUCGGGAAGAUAGCCUUAGUGGACGGAACCCAAAUCAACCGCAACAACAACUUCCAAACAUUCCCUCAGGCUGUUCUGAUGUUAUUCCGAUGUGCGACUGGAGAGGCCUGGCAGGAGGUCAUGAUGGCUUCCAUGUAUGGAAAGAAGUGUGACCCCAACUCCAGCCCCCUGCCAGGAGAGGAAUACUUCUGCGGGUCCAACUUCGCCGUCUUUUACUUCCUCAGUUUCUACUGUCUCUGUGCCUUCCUGAUCCUCAACCUGUUUGUCGCUGUCAUCAUGGACAACUUCGACUACCUGACCCGUGACUGGUCUCUUCUCGGUCCUCACCACCUGGACGAGUUCAAGAAGAUCUGGGCUGAAUACGACCCCGAAGCCACCGGGAGAAUCAAACACCUGGAUGUGGUGACGCUGCUGCGGCGUAUCCAGCCUCCGCUGGGCUUUGGGAAGUUCUGUCCGCACCGCGCUGCGUGCCAGCGCCUGGUGGGGAUGAACAUGCCUCUCAACAGCGACGGCACCGUCACCUUCAACGCCACCCUGUUUGCUCUGGUCAGGACUGCGCUGAAAAUCAAAACUGAAGGUAACUUUGAACAGGCGAAUGAGGAGCUGAGAGCCAUCAUCAAGUCCAUCUGGAAACGCACCAGCAUGAAGCUCUUAGACCAGAUCAUUCCUCCCAUCGGGGAUGACGAAGUGACUGUGGGGAAAUUCUACGCCACCUUCCUGCUCCAAGACCAUUUCCGCAAGUUCCUGAAGCGUCAGGAGGAGUACUACGGCUACCGGCCCUCGAAGAAGAGCGCCUCGGGCCCCGAGAUCCAGGCGGGUCUGAGGAGUAUCGACGAGGAGCUCGCUCCGGAGAUGCAUCGAGCCAUUUCAGGAGACCUGCAGAACGAGGAGGAACUGGACCGAGCCAUGGAGGAGGCCGGAGAGGAGCGCAUUUACCAGCGGACACACGGCCUGUUUGGGAACCGGGUGGACUCGUUCGAGGCCGAGCCGGCCAACGCUCAGCCCCCGCAGGUGACCAACCAGCGGCCCCUCCAGUUCUCCGAGAGCCAGCCCGAGUCUCCGCCCAACUCCUCCACCUCGGCGGCGGCCGUCGACUUCUUCCCCACGGCGGCACCGAAGAACAACACCAACAACAACGCCUUCGCGGAGUUUUCAUUUGAAAGAGAAGGCAGUCCAGAAGAGUUUUACAACCCCAGCGAGGACGAGGAGCCAGAGAGCAGACGCUCCUGGAGCUUCACAGUGAGGACAGAUAAAACACAGUUCCCCUACGAUCCGAACUACGGUGACAGCCACAGUCAACGCUCCGCAGCCGACCGGCUCGUCCAGGAGGCCCUGGUGGAAGGCGGUCUGGUCUCCCAGGCGAGGGAUCCGGACUUCGUCUCUGCGGCCAAGCAGGAGAUGGCAGAGGCCAUGCGGAUGCCGCUCCCCGCCAUGGAGGGCAUGGCUCAGGGCAUCCUCCACCAACGCUCGGGCAGCAGCGCCUCUGUCAAGAAGCGGCGCCCCGUCCCCGUCCCCCCUGCCACCGCCACUGCCGCCGCGCCGCAGGAAACCCUCCGUCCAGACCCGGCCGUGAGGAGGAAGAAGCGCCCGGUUCCCACGGUUCCCCCCAGACGGGCGCACGCCGAGGCCGAGGCCGACUCCGAGGUCUAGAGGUCCUCGUGUGAUGUUUUCUACCCGAGCAGGCGGCUCCACCUCAUGACUGCACCGCUGCAUCAGCUCAGAUCGGCUUUAACAAACUGUCAACCGAAGACAAACCCUAUUGAUCAUCAGACACCUCUCAGAUUUAUUCAACCAAUAAAAGCGUGGAGCGAUCUGAGAGCGAACAGUGACGCACUUGUGUUUUUGUUAGGCGUGCUGAGGUUAUCCAUUCCACAGACUAUUGUGACGAGCAUGUGGCGUGCGACGGGACUCAGAGAACGCAGGGAGAGAAAAGCUCUUUUUAUUGUGCUGCGGUUCACUGAGGUCAGAGGUCAGAGGGGAGGGACUCCAGUCUGGG